UAGAACAGAAAUGCCAAACUUUUGUGUGUUAUAGCGUUGGUCGCACUGGCAGCAACUUACAGAACACUACUUCCUCCUCUUCCCGCCAACAAAACAUCUUUUGUUUCCCUUGUAUUAGGAUUUGAUCGAUCCAAGUUUCUCUCUAAAUGACUCGCUCUCGAUUCUUGUAUCUUCUGUCAGGAAUUCCUCUAUGUGCUGAAAAUUGUCUGAUCCGAUCACUUGCUAGUUCACAGGAGUGCAUAAAGAAGCAAUUUUUCACUUUUAAUUCAACCACCAACUCUGAAAACCCGUCUACCCCUUUGUCUAGUUUUCACAGAUCGAUCCAUGCUAAUUUGGAGCAAUCGCAAGUCCUAAUCAGGGAUGAUGACCAAAACCCAGAAAUUUUAAUCUACAAAAUCAUUGAAGACACUGAAAAAAUCUGCAGGUUACUGUCCAAAAACCCUAUUUCUAGUAUUGAGAGCUUACUCGAUAAUGCUUCGAUUGAGGUAUCACCAGCUUUGGUACUUGAGGUAUUGAAGAGGUUAAGCAAUGCUGGUGUUCUUGCACUGUCGUUCUUCAGAUGGGCGGAGAAGCAAAAAGGGUUUAUGUACAGCACAGAGAGCUACAAUGCAUUGAUUGAAUCUCUGGGCAAGAUCAAGCAAUUUAAUAUGAUGUGGAAUUUGGUCAGUGACAUGAAGCGAAAAAGAUUGCUAACUAAAGAGACUUUCGCAUUGAUUUCAAGGAGAUACGCGAGGGCAAGGAGAGUCAAAGAAGCCAUAGAUACGUUUGAGAAAAUGGAGAAGUUUGGAUUGAAGAUUGAAUCAUCAGAUUUUAAUAGAUUGAUUGAUACUCUGAGCAAGUCAAGGCAGGUGCAGAGCGCACAAGACGUGUUUGAUAAAAUGAAAAAUAGAAGAUUCGUGCCUGACAUCAAGUCUUACACGAUAUUGCUUGAAGGGUGGGGUCAAGAGAAAAACUUGUUGAAGCUGGAUGAGGUUUAUAGGGAAAUGAAGGAUGAUGGUUUUGAACCUGAUGUUAUAACUUACGGUAUUCUCAUCAAUGCAUAUUGUAAGGCUAAGAAGUAUGAUAUUGCAAUUGACUUAUUCAACGAGAUGGAAGCAAAGAAUUGCCCGCCUAAUCCUCACAUUUUUUGUACUUUGAUUAAUGGAUUAGGUUCUGAGAAGAGGUUGAGUGAAGCUCUUGAGUUUUUUGAGCUAUCAAAGGCUAGAGGUUUUGUUCCGGAGGCACCUACUUACAAUGCUGUUGUGGGAGCUUAUUGUUGGUCAAUGAGGAUGGAUGAUACUUAUAGGAUGGUUGAUGAGAUGAGAAAAUGUGGGAUUGGUCCGAAUGCAAGAACUUAUGAUAUAAUUCUUCAUCAUUUGAUAAAGGCUCAGAAGACAACUGAGGCUUUUUCAGUUUUUGAGAAAAUGAGCAGCGAGGAGGGUUGUGAGCCAACUGUGAGUACCUAUGAGAUUAUAGUUAGGAUGUUUUGCAACAUGGAUAGAGUGGAUAGGGCAAUAAAUGUUUGGGAUCAGAUGAAGGCCAAGGGGAUCCUUCCUGGGAUGCACAUGUUCUCUACAUUAAUUAACAGUUUGUGCCAUGAAAAUAAACUGGAUAUGGCUUGUAAAUACUUUGAGGAGAUGUUGGAUGUGGGCAUCCGGCCUUCAGCAGCUCUGUUUAGUAAUCUGAAACAAGCUCUUCUUGACAAGGGCAAAAAGGAUACUGCUGUUCUUUUGGCAAAGAAAAUUGACAAACUGAGGAAAACUCCAUUUGUUGUUUGAGGUGGUCAGUGAGAGAUGCAAAGGCCUAUUGUCAAAUUAUUUGCCUCAAGGUCGUUGGAGACUUUCACAAACUGCUCAUUCAGUGAAUUUGGGUCCUCUAAGGUGAUAUCAGAUUGGGAAUUUGUAAUUGCUUGAAGCAUGUAUGACUAUGGAUUAAUGUUAUGAAAUUUCCUUUAUCUGUUUGCCCUACCAUUGAACAUACUCGAGCAUAUUCUCAAACGUGAGAUGAUAUCUAAAGUAUGGUUGGCGA